UCAACAUUGCUUGACCUUUAUAGUAUCCAAGUAACAAUUAGAUGUUAAUUAUUACAAAAAAUCAAGUAGGAUUAAUUUUCCUUAAUUGUUGUGUUGCACCUUUUAUUUUUUAAGAUGAAUUUUGAAUCAUCACCCUCAUCGUGAUCGUGUUAAUUGGACGAACUCUCAAAUGAUGACCAACUUUUAUGUUAAAGGAAUAAUUUCGACAUUCUUGAUUAUAAUUGUACUAAUUUGUUUCAUUAAUCAAGCGGAAGCUCAAAGCUCAGCACCCGAUACGAGUUCGGCAGAUUCAGAGAAAGUAAGGUUGGAGAAAGUUCUAUUUGACUAUGACAAUCGGAAGGUGAAGCUCUUUCGAGAGAAAUUUUGUCGAAACCAGGAUCUUGUUAAUCGCAAAAAAACGUACCACCGGAUAUGUCCCGAUUUCAAUCGAAAUUACUUAAAAUUUUUCCUGAGCCUCUUUCUGAUCGUUUCUCUCGGGGCUUUGACACGGACAUUGUUACGAGUUUUCGAAGUCAACAUACCUUACACUGUGAUUCUCAUGAUUUUCGGACUAAUGAUUGGCUUCAUUUCUUGGAACUCGACUGCUUGUACGAUGUGGUCAAUGUACACACGAAUAGCUCGGACACCACCAAAGAUAAUCCUCUUCGUCUUCCUCCCCGUCCUCAUUUAUGAGUCCGCCUUCGCCAUGAAAGCUCACGUCUUUUACAAAAGCUCACUCUCCAUCAUGAUUUUGGCUUUCCCUGGAAUGGUGAUGUGCACCUUUAUCAUUGCAUUCGUCUGUCACCAGUUUUUCUAUGCGUACAAAUGGAGUUUUACCGUCUCUAGUUUAUAUGGAAGCAUUAUUAGUGCUACCGAUCCGGUUGCUGUCGUCGCCAUUUUGAAGGAAAUUGGAACGUCGGAAAUGUUAAGCAUCAUGAUUGAAGGAGAAUCCUUACUAAAUGAUGGAUCGGCAAUUCUCUUGUAUGAAAUCUUUAUGAAGAUAGUUGCUCCAGAAGAAGGCGAACAUGUGACUGCUGGUAAAAUUGUUUCAACAUUUUGUCAAAUUGCCAUUGGUGGUCCUGUACUUGGAUGGGUUGUGGCGAGACUCUCCAUUUUCUUCUUGUCCCGAAUUUUCAAUGACGCUGCGGUCGAAGUUAGCAUCACUCUGGUUGCUGCCUAUUUGACUUAUUAUAUUGGAGAAGCAUUUCUGGGGGUGAGCGGGGUCAUGGCCGUUGUGGCGUUAGGGAUCGUUAUGAGUGCGGAAAGAACAUGCAUCAGCCCAGAAGUUCAAGGUUUGGUUCACCACUUUUGGGAAAUGUUGGGCUAUUUGGGAAACACAGUCUUGUUUGUUAUGGUCGGUAUUGUCAUAUCAGAAACUGCGAUUAACAAUGUUACCCUGGAGGAUGGCUACUACCUCAUUUUCUUGUAUUUUGCUCUAAACAUUUCCAGAUUCUUAAUGAUUAUUGUUCUCAGCCCAAUUUUAAGUCAUGUUGGAUAUGGAUUAUCCUGGCAGAACAUGUUGGUCAUGACUUGGGGUGGUCUUCGUGGAGCUGUUGGAAUUUGUUUGGCUUUGGAAGUGUUUAAAAACCGAGAAAUCUGUGACCAGACCGAAGUUGGACCAAAGUUUCUUCUUCAAACGGCUGGAAUCGUACUGUUAACGCUGAUUGUUAAUGGAACUACGACAAAAUUACUGUUGGACACUCUAAAGCUUACGGAACUGUCUAUUGGAAAAAUUCAAGAUAUGGGCAAUGCUGUAAGACAAAUCCAAGGGGCUCAACAGCGGACAAUGGGCGUGAUGAAGCAUGACCGCCUCCUGGCUGACUGCAAUUUUGAAAUUGUUGAAGGUUACACUUCAAUAGAAAACCCUUACCUAAAGCUCAAAGUGAAAGCAAAGAAGUCCCCACUGGAGAAAGAUCUCGUAGCAAGCCCGAGUCUGCUUGUUGACGCUCCGGAGAAUCGAAUUGCAAUUUGUCCAGAUUGUGACGGCGAAGUAGAAACUGAGCCGACUUUGGAGGAAUAUCGUGAAAUGACGGAAGAAGCGAGACUGCGACUUCUCAAAGCUAUGAAAGUUUCCUGUUGGAGACAAUAUGAACAAGGGGUCCUGACCGAGGAGGCUGUGCAGAUUUUGGUGGACUACAUUGAAAAUUGUGAAGACAAGCAUUUUAAAACGUUUCAUGCCGACGACUUGAAAAAGAACUGGGCAGUUCGUGGCGUAGUGGCGUGGAUGAGAAAUAAAUUACUUCCCUUCACCGUAGGACAAUUGACAACAGAUGAUGCCCAAACCGAGCCCGACUCUAAAUGCAGAAAGCGGUUCUACUGCAUUGUUACCAAUGACUGGUUUGAUGGGAUUGUCCACGUUCUAAUUCUUCUCAAUAUGAUUUUCAUUAUUUGGGAAACUGUCGAUAUUGUCACAGAGCAUCGCUUCACAUAUCAGGAAAUAAUUGGCUUUCUCGUCACAAAUAUUGUCUUCACAUUUCUGUUAACACUGGAAUUUCUUCUCAAGGUCAUUGCAUUCGGAUGUGGGGGCUAUUGGUCAUCAAAAUGGAACGUGAUGGACGCGAUAGUGCUUAUAAUUUCUAUUAUCGAAAUAUGCUUGUCGAUUACCUACUUGGCUCAAUCAAAGAAAGAAGCAGAAUUUCAAACGGCGCAGGCUGAUACUGAAUUUCUUAAAUUUUUACGGUUCGUUCGUGUUCUCAGAAUUAUUAGGAUUUUGAGGCUGUUUCGUCCACUGAUUCCUCGUUUCAUGAACUAUCUCAAUGCACGAGUCAAUCAGGUGUUGUUCUUUGGAUAUGACGUGGCAAAAGGAUCUGCUACUGCGAUCGACGAUGUGAUGAAAUUUCUUCCUCAAAUGAUUGAAAACCAGAAAGUUUACAACAGAUUCAAGACUGUUCUUGAGGAUCAGCGAUUAAUACUUUUACUUGAAAUGGGCAAGUCACAUAUUUAUUUAUUGUCACUUUAA